UUGGCGCCAGAAAUGCCGCCAAAACCAAGAAAAUGCAGACGAGACCGCCAGACGGAAUCGACCUCGUGUGGAGGACGGUUGAGACUGAGGUUGUGGAUAUCCAACACUCAAUGGUUCAGGUGGCACAGUUAUAAACAUUCAGGCAUCUAAAAAACUUUAUGUCUUGGAGUUUAGUGAUUCUUAUCAUUUUCUUGUUUUCAACCAGAUACUGAGACGUGAAACAGAAAGAAGUUUGCUGAAUAAUGAGUGAGGAGAGUUUGGUUAAGAUUGAGGAAAAGGAAGGAGAGGUAUCCGACCCGCCUCAGAAAAUAAAGGACGAAAAAUGGAGUUCUCCUGAAUAUACGAAAUUUUUCCGACCUGGUUUAGAGCCAACAGAGACACUAAAUAAGUCUGAUAAGUCUACAGUACUCAGGAAGAAUGAUCAAACCUUGAAUAGUUCUUCCAUCGUUGAUCCCGUCAAACCCUUUAAUGAGCUAAAGAAUCUGGGACCAAGAACCAACCCUGGAAACAGUAAACCUCUACCUGAGGUUGGGUUCUCCGGGUCCAGUGGUUACCAAGGAGUAAUCCAUCCUAGGCACCUGGUUGAGAACAUGGAACCUUUAUCUCUAGUUAUCAGAACCAACAAAGAAACUUUAAAACCAGAGUUAGAAGAGAACUCAGUUAGUACAACAACCCUUGAAGUUUCACCUCCUGAAUCUAUUCAUCUUGUAACCUCAUCUCAAACAGAUGAUAUUGGCAAAACAGAAGAAGAAGAAGAGGAAGAGAGGAAAGAAAAAGCAAAACAAAGACGAAGUAGAACAAAUUUUAGUGUUGAUCAGCUGAGUGAACUGGAGAGAUUAUUUGAUGAAACUCACUACCCAGAUGCUUUCAUGAGAGAAGAACUUAGUGAACGAUUAGGACUUAGUGAAGCCAGGGUUCAGGUAUGGUUUCAAAACAGACGAGCUAAAUGUCGGAAGCAUGAGAGUCAGAUGCACAAAUCUUCAAGUCCUGGUCCAGGUGUUCAAUUAUCGAACCUACAUUCAACCCCUGGAUUGACCCUAAGAAACCUUCAAAACUCGUCCCAAUCCUUGCCUGGACACACAGUUAACCUUUCGGGCUCCAAGCUCCCGUACUCUAAUAAGCUACCGGAGAAACAGCAACUUAACUCAACUCAAACCUUUACAGAGAACUCCAGUAAACCUGAUGUAUUCGCUGAUUCUGUUCUCAAGGGAUUUCCACCACCCUCUGCCCUCCUCGCCGCUCAUCAGUACGCAGCUGUAGCAAUGGCGAGCAGUUUAACCGGGCACAUGUUUCCUUCUCUUUCGCAUUCAUUGCUCAUGUCUUCUCUCUUCUCAUCUUCUCCUCAUCCUAGUCCUGUUCUGAACCUCUCAUCUAGGUUCUCAAGCUUCCAGGUAAACUAUUCUCUCUUCUCUUCUCCUCAUCCUAGUCCUGUUCUGAACCUUUCCUCCAGGUUCUCAAGCUUCCAUGUAAACUAUCCUCUCUUCUCUUCUCCUCAUCCAGGUCCUGUUCUGAACCUCUUCUCCAGGUUCUCAAGCUUCCAGAUAAACUGUUCUCUCUUCUCCUCAUCCUGGUCCUGUUCUGAACCUCUCCUCCAGGUAAACUAUUCUCUCUUCUCUUCUCCUUAUCCUAGUCCUGUUCUAUACCUCUCCUCCAGGUUCUCAAGCUUCCAGGUAAACUAUACUCUCUUCUCUUCUCCUCAUCCUGGUCCUGUUCUGAACCUCUUCUCCAGGUUCUUAAGCUUCCAGGUAAACUGUUCUCUCUUCUCCUCAUCCUAGUACUCUUCUAAACCUCUUCUCCAGGUUCUCAAGCUUCAAGGAAAUCUAUUCUCACUUCUCUUCUCCUCGUCCUAGUCCUGUUCUGAACCUCUGAUGCACCAGAAAGGCGUCAAGUUACUUAACGUCCCUUGGUACAAUUAAGUAAAAUAAACACCCGCUCGUUUUCGUGAAAAAAUUCGCGCAUUUUCAUUUUAAAAGACGAUAACUACCAAUUCAGGAAAUAAGAAAAUUUUAAUUAACGGGUUCCCUUAACUUUCCUGUUAAGUAGUUGGAAAUAAUUA